AUCUUGUUCAUUUUCAUCUCAUUAUUCAAGUACCAAAAACUCAAAGAACUCUGUCCCAUUUGAAGAUAACUGACAUCUUGAGUGAUUUUUACAUCAUGUUUAAGUAAAUACAGAUAAUUUUGUGCAUCUUUAAAGGGAAAAGAUUAAAAGCUUUAAGGAGUUUGCUCUUUUGACGUUUGAUGGAGCUCGGAUAAAGGUCUUCAAAAAAGUUUUUCUUUUUGGUCAAAUUUAGGUGAAAAGAGCUUUUGAGAAUGUCUGUUCCUCUCAGACCUGACCCUCCCAUUGUUGGCAAAGUCACUCACAACUCCAUUGAACUAUACUGGAACCCCCCUGAAAAAGGCUCCCCAGAGAAAGGUGACAGCCGUCUAAGAUACUGCAUCCAGGAAGAGGAAGUAGGAAACAAAAGUAAAGGGUUUGGGAAUGUUUACUCUGGUUAUUCUACCAGUAAUGUCUUUGAAGGUCUGGAGCCAAGGACACAGUACAGAUAUAGAAUAAGGUGCAUGAAUGACAAUGGGAACAGUGCAUGGAGUGUGGUGGUAAUGGUGUCGACAACAGCUAAGCCAAAGACUAGUGAAGAUUUACAGAAAGCCGUAGCUAAGAAUGAUGUAGAGACUGUAGCUAAUAUCAUUCCAACAUUGAGUUGGCAAGCAGUUGAUUCUCCUGACAAGUUUGGAAUAUCACCAUUAAUGGUUGCUGCCCAGAAAGGGUACAAGGAAGUAGCCAAGACUCUGAUAGACAACAAAGCUGAUGUUCAUUUUCAAAACAGCAGUGGUAAAACUGCUCUCAUGAUGGCAUGUUUCUCUGGUCAGCUUGAAGUAGCCAAGUUACUCAGAGCAGAAGGUGCUUCAUGGGAUACUGUAGACAAGACAGGAUCUAUGGCUUUGCACUGGGCAGUAGAUGGGGCUAACCUAGAUGUUGUUAGAUGGAUGUUGUCUGAUGGUUGUCCUGUUGAUGUUAAAGACAGUACAUCAGGAUGGACCCCACUGAUGCGUGUAGCAGCAGUUAACGGAAAUGCUAAUGUUGCAAAGAUCCUUAUUCACCAUGGUGCAAAUGUCAAUAGCAUGGACAAAGAAGACAAGACAGUACUAAUGAAUGCAGCACUGAAUGGCUUUGAAGCUCUUGUUAAGUUGCUGGUCAAGAAAGGUGCAAAUGUGAAUCAGAAAAGUGAUUAUGGGAAAACAGCGCUUGACUUUGCAAAGUCAUUUGAACAUGAAAAUGUUGCUAGAUUUCUCCAAGAACAAAUAGAGAUGCUGAAGAAUGCAGACAGAGACAGGAAACUAGAGGAGGCAAGGUCUACUAGGUCUAGUGAGUUCAAACCAAAGAUCAAAAGUCAAGAAAGGCAGAACACCAUACCAAAUGACUUGCAAAAGGAAAACAUCAGUAUUAAUGUUUAAACACAGUAGACAAGAAAGCUUGUAAUGUGUUUUUGGGGGAAUUAGGGAUCUGGUAGCCUGCGUGCAGACUGACUUUAACUCUGGUUAACUGCAGUUACGUUCAUCUGCAUGCAGGCUAGGGAUCUCGGUUAAGUGCCAAAGUCGUAGUUCAGGUAAACUUUUAUCUAAUUUUUUAUUUUGGUUGAGCAAAAAGUUAUUCUACAUAUCUUUAGUCCAAUUUGUUUAUGUUAAAGUCGGUAUUCUGUCACUAUAAAAGAUAGGAUGUUAGAGUGAAGGCAUUUAGCCCGUGAAAUGAAAAAACUUUUAGUCGACGUGUAAUAGUCAAAUAGACAAAAGAAAACAAAGAUUUAAGGUCUACUAAAGUGUAUUAGUCUAAUAAAUAUUUCAUGGGUAAAAUGCCUUCACUCUAUAUCUUUAUACUCUAUACUCUGUAUCGAUCGUUUAAGUUGUGAAUUCUUUACUGUUGGUAAAUGAGGGUAACCCUGAGUAAAUAAGACAACAAUCAAGGAACACAGCGGUAUUUGAUGAAGUUGUUUAACGUUUUCUUUUCCGGUUUCUUUGGUUGUUGUGGAUUUUUUCACAGAAAAGAAAGUAAAGGAAAGUGUUGUUUAUCUAUACGAUAUAACGCAAUUUGCUGUAACCUUGAAAAGUGUUGAAAUGGCUUCCUUGUCUUGGCUUUUGAAAAAUCCUUAAACCAAUCUUCAAGAUAUCUUCAAUAUACCACUUGACCAUAAUGAAUGGAGCUGGAUAGCCUGCUUUGCAGACUCGAUUUUUUUAUGCUAGGAGAUGAGAAUAAAAGAUUCCUUGUUUGAGUUGUAUCCAUAUUCAUGUGUCUUCUCAUGCGCAACCAUUAAACAAAGAAAUUAUACUCUAGGGAAUGACACGUGGUCUUGGAAAUGGAAAACCGUGGAUUAGGCCUCCGAGCGUUAAAAGAAAAAAAAAAAAAAAAAGGUCUGAAAAGCAGGUUCCGGCUGGAAUUCAGCAUGGGGUGUUCUGGAUUGAGAUAGUAGUUAAAUUUGAUUUAGCUAUCUUUUUAUCAUGGGGCCUGUUUCAGAAGUGUUGCCAGAUAUAAAGGUGCUUAAUUUGUAGAUGAUGAAACAAAAGUAUUUGGAAUGCCUUUUAAGAACAUUUAUUAAAGUCAUAUUAUUAACAGUUCAAUAAAAGUUCACAUAUCAUA